AUGAAGCUCCGAAGGUUGAGGAGGAGAAAGCGUGCAACACCUCGUCGCCAGCAAUCUGCUCCCUCUCUACAAAAACGUUUCGACGCCAGCGACGAUGCGACUGUCAAAGCCGCGGAGAACAGCGCAGCUGAAGGCCAUGCCAAAGAAGACUCGCCGCCCAAUGGCAGAUACGAAGACGACCUCGUAGAGGCCCUUCGACAGAGCAAGAUAGAGACGCAAAACACUCAUAGAGAGGAAACAAAGUCUCCCCUCGCCGGUGACGACAACUUCAUGCUUGCAGAAGCCGAGAAAGCAGAUAUUCAGAAAGCACUGAGACUGAGCCAAAGAGAGAAUAUUGCGCUCAGAAACGGAUCCGACGAGGAGCUCCGGUUGGCUCUCGAGCUGAGCAGGAUCGAGGCAGGACAAAAUGAAGAUACUUAUGACCCAGACACGUUUGGCGAGACGUCGAGAAUGGGUGCGAUGAGAAACAACGGGCGCAACGGUGGAGCACGUGCCUCUGUGCCUGAUUCGGAGAUGGGCGGGUGGAACGACCAGUGGGAAGAGCCGCCCCCGCCUUACGAGCCGUAG